AUGUUGGCCAAGGCAAGGAAGGCCAUAGCGCUAGAGGAUUAUGGCAUCCCCAACGUUAUGGUCAAGAGGGCCAUUACGGGAGCCCUCAUAGUAGAAAUCUCCGGGGANAACAACAACGAGAAGGCAGACAAACUUCGGUCUGCCAUGGUCGCUGCCCUGGGGGAGUCCGAGGUGCAGAUAGCGAGGCNCGUUAAGACAUGCNAUCUCCNCAUGAAGGGUCUCGAUAAGUUUGUAACCUCGGACAAAAAUAAGAUAGCCNUGGCGACCGUUGGGGGUUGUCGGCUGGCCGAUAUAAAGGAGGACAAAAGGGGCUGGUGCUAUUGGUGUGGCGACUCAGGCCAUGAAGCGGCGGAGUGCAAGGCGACCACGGUAAAGUGUCCGCUUUGCACCGACCUUGGUAAGCCAAGUCCCACCCACGCGCCAGAAAGAAUUCCCACUGCCACUCCAGUCAAGGCAGCGGUUGAAGGAGGGGCUAGCCAGCCCACCCCGGUAAAUGGUACCCUGGAGGAGGAGAUGGAGGUAGAGGCUCCACCAACAGCGUAA